AUGGCGUUGAAGCGUAUCAACAAAGAACUCACAGAUCUUGGCCGUGAUCCUCCUUCAUCAUGCUCGGCUGGCCCCAUGGGAGAUGAUUUGUUUCACUGGCAAGCAACAAUCAUGGGUCCUGGUGACAGCCCGUUCCAAGGCGGUGUCUUCUUCCUGGCCAUCCAUUUCCCUACAGACUACCCUUUCAAACCACCCAAAGUCAACUUCACCACCCGAAUCUAUCAUCCGAACAUCAACUCCAACGGCAGCAUCUGCCUGGACAUUCUGCGAGACCAAUGGAGCCCCGCUCUGACGAUAUCGAAAGUCCUCCUGUCCAUCUGCUCCAUGCUCACCGAUCCCAACCCCGACGACCCUCUUGUUCCGGAGAUUGCCCACGUGUACAAGACCGACCGUGCUCGAUAUGAAGCUACAGCCCGAGAAUGGACGAGGAAGUUUGCCAUCUAG